AUGAACGUCACUAGUAACGGGUACUACUCCUCAAAUUACCUCAAGAACCGAGAACGUUAUGGCAGGCGAUAUUACGAUGACAGCGAGUCGGGAUCAGAUUGGGGUACUAUGAUGAUGAAUGAUGAAGGCGAUUAUUCGUUCAAUGACCAUGAUGAGGACUAUGAAUCGCAUGGCGAAGAACCAACAAAGCUGCAAAAAAUUACGGAAAUUAAACCAAAAUCUAUCCUCAAACUGUCGGGAAGCAAUAAUCAACCAAAUAGUGGCGUGAAGCAAAAUGCAAGAUUCACGUCAGAUAUAGAGGAUUCAAGCAUUAGCACAGUUACAGAGCGUGAGAGUCUGAACAUUGACUCACCUGUUACACAUUCGACUAAAAGUCCGGUGAAAAGUGAAGUAGCUACACCUACACCCACAGUUUCAGAUGAUCCAGAUUACCUUGUGGAAGGGAUGACACCUGCUCAACUUAUCAAUCAGCAGAACAGUUCCUAUUCGUACUAUGACAACAGGCGAGGUUAUUACCAACAGCCUUCCCCAAACAGAAAUCCCUACUAUAGAACAAAUUCAGGCGGUGCCGGAACUUACUCAGGCAAUAUCAUUGGUAAUGGCACUUACAUGGCUCCUCCUAGGAAAAGAAAAGAAAGGAAAGUGAUCAACCAAUUUAAUCCUGAUGACCACUAUAUAAAACAACAAAGAAGAUACGACUCGUCGACGUAUAAACCAACUAUGUAUCGACACAAGACCUUCAGAGAAGUAUUUGACGAUGAGAAUAAACUAGAAAGACAAGCAGAAUACAACCCAAUGGAGUUUGUAUUCCAGGCACCAACGUCAGAACAGAAGAAUGAGAAGAAUAUUAGAAAGACUUUCAAGUCUCUUACCGGUAAAAAAGAUUACAAUGAUCUUGACUACUACGAGCAGCAAGAGCGAGAUAGAAAAUUAAGAGAGGAGAAAAUAGCAGCUGAAGAAAGAAGAGAAAGGGAAUUAUCUGAAAAGGUAUAUUUGAAUGAAUCUGAGGAAUUGGAAUUGAAACAGAGAAGGAAAAAAUUGAAGAUAUUGAAAUUCGGCAACAUGUUAAAGUUUGGAAAGAAAAAGGUAGUCCCAGUCCUGGAUGUAGAAGGAGAUGUUUUUCUGGACGGUGAAGGUAGCAUUUUCGUCAAGAAUGGCGAUGGACUGGAAUCAUUGGUAGGUAAACAUGCAUUAAAAGAUACAGCGUCCACUGCUGAGCUAUUAGUAGAUGGUGCUGGAAAUGAGAGGAUAGUUUAUUCCACGGAUAGUGUACGUCCAAGUAAUGCAUCAGUUAAGUCUAGAAGGAGCGAGAAGACUGCCAGGAGCGAAAAGAUUCAUCAUGUUGCUCCAGUUAACAAUAUACCUAUAGGGGCAAAUGCGAACCCUAAUUUCACCUGGUGGUGGAACUAUAUACUCUCCUGGAUAGUUUACGAAAGGGCAGUGGAAGAUGAAGCAUCAAUUCAUGAUACGAAAUCGUAUGUGGGGACCACGAAGUCAGGAAAAAGCUCGAAAAGUCAGAAAUCAAGUUCAACUGCUUUGGUGGCAACGCCAAAGACUGACAUUGCACAGGUGGACGAUACGCAUGAAGAACUUUCACCCUGGAAGAAGAUUAAAAGAAUCCCAAAAAAUACUAAAACUACAUGGCAAGCACUCCAGCAACCUGCAGAUCUGAGAUUUAUUAAAGGAGGUUGGUCGGCUGCUGUCCAAGCAGUAGAGAGAGAUCAAGCAGAACAGGAAGCUUUACAAGCACUUGGUACUGAUGGUCAUUCAGUAAUCACUUAUCCGAGGUCUACCAGAACAGGAAUUACUUCCUAUGAUUAUGACCCAGAUACGAAAGAUCUAGUAGUGGAAACGGAUGGUGGCCCAGUGCAAGAAGAACUAUAUUACAAUCCGAUUCAUGAUCAUUUGGGAGAAUCCCCCCCAACACUGUACAAUUCCUUGAGUCCUGCUAUCUUGAGUCCGGAAGAAGAAACUGGCCCAGUUGCAAUUAUAUCUAAUAUCGCCUCGACAAUCAAAGGAAUAAAGAUUAUGAAAAUUCUUUUUGCCCCAAUUGAUGUAAUCGGAGAAACUUUCCCUAAUUUACAGACAAUUGUUAUUAUGGUAGAAUUAGUGAUUUUCGUGUGGAUAUUGUAUGAAUUGAGUCUAUUGGUGGAUGCCUUGUGUAUGAUGGUUAAGGCUGUCUGUGCCCCAAUGAUUGCUGUAGGUAAAUUUAUGAAUAAAAUAAUGUAG